AUGUCGCUAUUCGGUAACAAUGAAUUGGUGACUGGCUCCGGCUCGACAAUCACGGUGCUCAACCCUGCAUCCAACCCUCAACUUCUGGCUACAAUCAACACCUUGGAAGAUGGAAGGCCAUUCAGCGCAGCCUUAGAGGAGGAUCUCGAGAGGUCAUACCAGGUGUUCAAGUACCACGGCGGCGCUACUAACAAGAUCAGCGGCGACACCAUCGAGGCAUCGCCGGCCAAACUGGCGUAUGUACUGCACAAGUUGCUGGACAUCCGCAGCCAGAUCAUCCCCCGGAACUAUCCCUUCACGAUACUCGCCCGUAAGAUCGCGCCGGCUCCGGGAUGCGGAAAUACCGUCGUGAUCAAGCCAGCAGGAUAG